UGUGUAUUUUUUCAUAAAAUAUAUUUAAAUAUUCUAAAUUUAAUCAACUGAAGUUUGAAACUUUAUUUUGAAGAUAUAUGAUUAUAACUGAUAAAAAAUAAAUAAAAAAAUGAAUAUAGCUUUAUGCACAUUUUAUUUUAAAGUUUUCCUUUCCUUCGGUUAUUUACAUGUUCCCAAUAUAAAAACAUAUUUAUGAACUAAUUGCCAUUAAAAGUUUAAAACUUUGACUCCGUUCCGGUGUGGACGCUGCUCCGCUCCGGGAAGUUCUGUCUUCCCGCUCCUGCUAAGGGUAAGCUAGGCUAGUUCAAAACUCCCCCCGCUAACCGUUACCUGCUCCCGGUGUCUCCGCUCCCGUUAAUGUCGUCCUUUCUCCCCGCGGAGCGUCUCAUCCACCGGCACUCGCAGGUUAUUUAAAGCAGUAUUCAGCCGGUGCCAGCGCUCGGUCGAUCCGGUUUGAGUGAUCCACCGAUCCGAGCUAACUGUUAACCCCACAGCCAAAAUGGCGGACAGCGAGGAUGACAGCGGAGCGACCAGAACAAUAACAGCCGCGGAGCCGCCGGGGGCCGCGGACCAGCCCCCCGCCGCCCUCAGCACCCAGCCCAUGGACAGUUUACAGCCACAGCCCGCCGGUCAGGUCACCCAGUUCGUGGAGAAGGUCCCCACAGCGGCCGCCGACCAGAGCAGUCAGCCACGGGAGAAUUCACAGCGCGUGUCCGGUGCUGAGGGCGGUCCGCCUGGCGAGAGUGCACCGGCGGCGUCCGGAGCUCAGCUGGCGGACCUGUUACAGAGCUGCCCGGAGGAGCAGAGCAUCCUGGUGGGCACCGAGUUCACCGACCUGGCCAACACCACCAUCAUCUACGUGCAGUCGGACGGCAGCCUGGUGGAGGGCUCCGGGCUGACGGCCGAGGAGCAGCAGGCUCUGCUGGACCAGCUCACUAAGCAGCAGGUCGUCCAGGUGUCCGACACCGAGGCCGCCCAGCUACUCCAGCAGAACCAGCUGGUCAGAACCGUGCCGGUCCACAACACGGCUUUGGACCCGAGCCAGCUGCAGCAGGUCAUCAACCAGGUUGCUAAGUCUCAGCAGCAGGUCCAAGUCCAGGCCCAGCAGGUCCCGAAGCAGCAGCAGGUCCAGGUCCAACAGGUUCAGCAAAUCCAGGUCCAGGUCCACCAGCAGCAGCAGCAGCAGCACCUGAAGACACAGAAGCAGGUCCAAGUCCCUCAGCAGAACCUGAAGAGCAGCACCCAGAACAACGCCUCCCAGCAGCUGAAGAGCGUCGCGCAGCAGGUGGCCAUGCAGACCAGCGGCUCGGUGCAGGUGGUCCAGAAGAAGCCGGAGCCGGUCAGGAUACAGAUCCAGGUUCCUCCCAAACAGGAAAUGAAGCCCGUUGUCGCCACCCAGCAGAAGAGUGUCGCUGUCAAUCAUCCGCAGGUGAAGCUGUCAGCCAAUGGCAGCGUGAGCAGCGCUCAGAUCAUCCACAUCCAGCCUGUGGUUGGUCAGCAGGGUCAGCAGUUCUUUCUGCAGCAGAAUCCAGGUGACCCGCCAAUCCAGCUGCUGCUGCAGAGCCCCACCCCCAUCGUCGGUUCUCUGCUUCCAUUGGUCCACAAGCUGACGGGUCAGACGACAUCAGCGGGCGCUGCCUCCAGUCUCUGCCAGAAACCAGCGACGUCACCUAUCAGAGUUCCAAUCAACUCCCCGCUGAAGACCCCUACAUCGAUUAUAAAGACUCCGCCCACUGCCGCUAAAACUGUUAGCAUUCCGCUAAUUAAAAACUCCGCCAACAGCACAACAACUGCUGCUGGUAAAAGUGCCAUUAAACCACCUACAGUGAUAACAACAGUCCCAGUUCAGACUGCUACACCUGCUGCUCGACCUGUUACAGUGACUACACCCACUGUAGCCCCGCCCCCAGUGAGGGACAGAGAGCGAGAAAAAGAGAAGAAGUUGAAAAAAAGGGAGAAGAAGGCGGUGAAGAUCCAAACACGAUCUGGUCGAGUCUCCAGACCUCCAAAGUACAAAGCCAAAGACUACAAGUUUAUCAAGACGGAGGACCUCGCUGAUAGUCACCAGUCCGACUCCGACGACUACUCUGACAUGAGCGUCGAGGAGGAGGACGGUGAGGGUGGGAAGAAGGAUGGCCCCGCCCCCGGCAGCUCCACCUCCAUCACCUACAGCCACAAAUCUCGGUCUCACCGCUGCCAGACCUGCGAUAAAGCUUACAUCGGCCCUGGAGGUCUGAACCGGCACUACAAACUCAACCCGACCCACGGAGAACCUGAACCGCUAGACAGCACGCCACCCCUCCCCAGCCAAUCAGAGGAGACCACUGCAGGAGCUGUCAGAGACAAGGACAAGGAGGAGGAGGUGGAAGAGGAGGAGGAGAAGAAGAAGGAGGAGAAGGAGGAUAAACCUGCUGCCAUAGCAACCAACAGAGUGGAGGGGGGUCCAGCCACAGCUGUAGGACUCAGGGGACUCCAUCACCGAGGCCCCGGACGUCCCAGAGGCCGAGGUCGAGGCCGGGGCCGUGGGCGAGGCCGGGGCCGAUCUCUGGGACCGCCUCCUAAGGUGACGAUGGGGCUUGUGAGUAGGCGGGGCCGUCGUGGUCGACCGCCGAAGCUUGGCGUUACCACGGUAACUGCAGAGCAGCAGGUGGAGCGGAGACGCGACAGACUGCUGGAGCUGGUGGAGCAGUGUGAGGACGAGGAGCUGAUGGACAUCGUUCUUCCUCGUUUGACCAAAGUGUUGAGUCUGUGGGAGAUGCUGCUGGCGAAGGUGGAGCGAGGUGGUCCGGUUCGGACUCGUUUUCCAGACAUUUAUCGUGAGUUUGAGUCCCUGCAGACUCAGAUGAGACAAGCUGCCCAGGACUACAUCAGCAGCCCGCUGGGUGGAGCUUCACCUCUGGAGGUCAGGAACAUCGAGGUUGCCAGGUCUCUGGGGAUCCUGGACGAGGUCAACAGGAUGAAGGUGCUUCCUGGUGCAUCGCUCAGCUCCAGUCUGACCAAUAAGAACGCCCGAUACAUGGAGAACUCCAAGAUGCUGCCGCCAUCUAAGAGGUUCAAGAUGGAGAACAGCAUUCCAGUUCACCACAACGGCAUUGAGACACCCACAACUGGCUGUUCAGUGACUGCUAUUCCCUCUAUUACCCCUGUGACCUCUGUGACCCCUGUUACCCCGGUGAUGCCUGUGACCUCUGUUACCCUGGUGCCCUCUGUUACCGCGGUGACCUCCGUUACCCCGGUGACGCCCGUGCCCUCCGUUACCCCGGUGAAUUCCUCUCUGAAGUCCUGCUCGGUCUCUGUGUCUCCUCUGGUGAUUCCAGAUGGAUCCAAGUUGCUGCCCAUCUCUGCUGACUCCGCCUCCAGCCCUUCUGGUUCCACCCCACCGACGACUAACUCCGCCCAUGAUGCCACCCCCAUGGAGGUGAGCCCAGGUGAGGACCAGGGGGAGGGGCUUCUGCCGCUGCAGCAGGACCAGGUGUUGAGCUCUAAUGACAUCGCAGCUCAGGUGACUGAGCUGGAGAAAGCUCUGGGUUCAAGCCCUGAGAGAACCGCUGACACUAAGACACCUGAGUCUGGACCCGUCCAGAUUUCUGGGUCCAGCUCAGACCAAAUUCUGCUUCCCUCUCAGCCCCAGCAGCAGGACUCCUCCCAGCCUGAGUUUGACACCACAGAACCGUGCGAGUCCAAAGAACUGCAGGAGGGCCAGGAGAUCUACAUCCAGACGGAAGGGCUGACGGUGCAGCUGGCAGAACCCGGGUCGGACGGAAUCGUCAUUGUGAACGGCCCGGAUGGGACUACCAUGCACAUCCAGACCCCGGAGGGCGUCCCGCUGGAGGCAGUCCAGGCCUUGCUGGGCAUUGAGGCUUCAGACGGGGCUAAGGCACCGCAGUAAACCUUCAGCACCAUCCAGACAGAUCUGGACAAAGCAGAACCAGAACCUGGUCUGAACCACAUUGCAAAAACAGGCACUUUUAAGGUGGGAUGAGACAGUACCUGCAGCUGUACCUGAACCCAUCUUACAAAGCCGGACAGAGCACAAACACACCUGUCAGGUUGUCCAAUCAGAGGCAGGAGAUUAUGUUCAGGGCUGUUUGGUGCAGCGCCCCCCUCAGGUCAUCCCCGGCAUUACAACAGUGCGUGUAAUGAGCACAGCCUGCAGGAGGCGCUGACGUGUGAUUGAAGAUGUUCAGGGGGAAUUGUUUCUUUAAUCUGAACCAGAGCCGAGUUGCUGUUUGUUCAGACUGAAGUUCUCAUUUGAAACUAUUUUUUUCGUCGGAGCUGCGUUCAGAAAUCAGAGAGGCUGUUUGUCACUUCACGCCUCAGUCCUCAGUUCGUUUGAUUUUUGCUGCUCAUAUUUAAUAGACUGUUACCUGAGACAAACUCCUGAUCAGCAUCAAUAUCAUCAAUAACCUGAUUGAUAAAUGGAGGUGAACUGAUCAGUUAAACCUGAUUUGUUGUUGAGACGAGCUGACAAUCAUUGUGUGACUCAUCCUCUCUGGGCUGCCAUACUCUGCAGCGAGGGACAGCCUCACGUCUCGUCUUGUCUCGGUCCGGCUCGUCUGAUUGGUCCGUUCAGUUCUCACCUGUGAUGAUGUCACUGGCGGCUCUUCGGGAGGCGGCAGAUCUUCCUGCUGGUUUUAAGGAAUCUGGUUGUAAAUGUGUAAACUUGUUUUUUUUUCAGUGUUUGUUCAUUUAAAACUAGAAGCUAAUUAGUUGAAUGUUUAUAUGUAGAUAAGUAUGAAAAACAAAGUUUAAAGAAGUUGCACUAUUUUAUUACUUUUUAUAAAACUUCACACGUUGUCCAGACAUGAACAGAACGUUUGGAGAACCGGCGUGAGGACGGACUGAGAACAGUUUGGAGGGAACCAGACUCAUUAAUUUGUCAUGUUGAUGUUCGAGUGCAGAAUGAAUUAAACACGUUUCAUUGUUCCUCCAAUAAACUGAUGUGACAAACUGA